AUGAGUGAGCUCGCAAAUACCCCUGAGCCCAUGGCCCACUAUAUCAACACUGGUGCUGUUUCUGAGCACACCAGCUCUGCGGAAAAAAGAAGACGCGAGGCGGGGUCGAACAUUCUGGAGGACGAACCAGCGAUUCACCAAGCCAAGAGAUUGAAGAUGUACGGCGAGGCCAACCUUGCUAUUGAGCAAGAGUCCCAGCAUGAGGAUAGUAGUAUCUCAGAGAACGGCGAUAUCUCAGAGGACAGCGAUAUCUCAGAGGGCAGUAAUAUCUGGGAGGAUAGUGAUACCCCGGAGGCCAGUGACACCGCCUCGGCCGAAGACACAUCACCCGAUCACAGUAUUCUGGCUCUCAUCAUCGCCUGGGCUGUAUCGCAUCAUGAAACCUGGUACUUCGUCGACUCGGCAGCCCUCGAGGCCAACAAUGUCCCGGUCUUUGGAUUGGGCGACUUCGACAAAUUCAUCAUAUGUCUCGAAAUCGGCACAACUUGCUUUCUCGCUCAAGUCAACCCUGUCAGCGGAACGGUUUCCGUACUGCAAUCUACAAAGUAUAACCAAGACUUCAGGGACGCGAAAGCCCAAAUUGCGGAAUUCAUAUCGACGCAUCUCGUCGGUCACAAAUACCAGGAACCGGAAGACGUAUGGACUGACUGGAACAUUGCAACUCUGCCUUGUGCAAACCGCGAUGCUGCUGCAAAUCACGGUGCUGCUCAUGACUACGACAUGGUGUGUGCAGUGACCACGGCCUUUCGAUUAGCCUGCGACAUAGACUUGAAGACUCCGAUUGACGAGAGUCUCGCUCGCCGUUUUCUCCCGCUCUUCAUCGGCUUGAGCGCCGAGGUGUCCAUCGCCGCCCGGGAGGACUCAAGCUGCCUCGAGUUCGAUGCGAAGGAGAUGUCAUGGAAUAUGCUCGAGUCGGUACGGUCUUGGAUCAGCUGGGUGAGAGACGCCAAGAAUGCCGGCGUGUUUUUCCAGCCCUUCCUGGACGCCGUCAACAAUUCGGGGCUGUCGAUGCUAGAUGCCUUGGAGACGCGUUGA